GAAAUCAAUGUGAAAUUAAUAAAUGUAUAAAUUUUCAUGCAAAUGUGAAAUUCAGCCACGUAAACAUGUCUGUCAAACAAAAUAUAGCAUUUAAUGAAAAUGAAAAAAAAUUAAAAGACCAGACAGAAAAUGUAAAUACAAAUUCCAAUGAAAAUUUUGAUCCACCUGAUGGCGGCUGGGGUUGGAUUAUAAUAGUAGCAGCUGGAUUGUCUAAUUUUUGUAUAUUUUCGAUAUUGCAAUCUUUCGGAUUAAUAUUUAAAGACAGAUUCGCAGAAUUGGGGAUCAAUUCGUCACAAACGACAACUAUAUUAAAUAUAAAUUUCGCAGUAACUUCUUGCAUUGGUUUAGCUAAUGGCCCUCUUUUUAGAAAAUAUAGUUACAGGCAAAUAGCUUUCGUAGGCGCUUUAAUUUGCGCUAUAUCAAUUACAGUAUUAUCAAUGACGAAAAAUUUUACUGCAGUUUUAAUUGUAUUUUCAAUUUUAUAUGGUACUGGAAUUGGUAUAACAAUGUCGGCAAAUGCUUUAGCUUUAAAUACAUACUUUAAAAAAAGAAAAAGAAUUGCUGUUGGUCUUAGCUGGACCUGUACAGGCAUGGGACCAAUUAUCAUGCCACAAAUAGUUACAUUACUAAUGCCAAUAUAUGGCAUGGAAGGUACCGUUCUUAUUUUUGGUGGUCUUGCAUUUAACGCUGUAGUUUGUGCUCUCCUGUUACAACCUGUUUCUUUGCACGUAAAAAGAAGACAAAAUACAAAAACAACUUUCAAUAACGAAAAUGUGAAGCUUGAAGAAUUGUUAAUAACUGAUAAGGAUAGUCAUAAAAAUUACGAAAAUACUUAUCAAAAUAAACCGUUAGAAAAUUUUUCUGAGAAUACGCAAGGUGGUGGUACUUUGAGUUUUGUAAAAGAAAAAUUUGGAAGUCAGUAUUUGUAUUACGACGAUGAAGAAGAUGGUGCUUCCGGUAUAGACAUAAUAGAUCCUGGAACACCGAUGAUGUCCCGAGCUAAUGACGGAUGGUUUUCUAGAAAAAAUACUUCAACUACAUCGAUAACGUCUAGAUUAUCAAAACAGGAAAGCUCUUUAAAAAAUCAAAGCCGGACACCAUCGUUAAAUUUAAGUAGACAAUCCAGUUUCAAUAGAGGAAUGUCGCUAAGAAGUCUUAAUAGACAAAAUAGCGAGACGGAAAAAAGUCGAAAAAGAUUUUCGAAUUAUCAACCAUCAACUGCCCCGUUGAUUAUCGUUGACGAAUCUUGCGAAAAUGGAGACUUUGAAUAUUGCAAAAAUCCAAAUUGUGAUCAUAAAUUCCAACAAAAGCUACCCGAAGAAGUUGAAACUGAUCAACUGUUGAAAGAAGAACUUGUCCAAGAAAUUAGGAAGAAAACGUUUCUCGAAGCGCUGAUGAUUUUUUUCGAUUUAGAUCUGCUUCGUGAUCUUGUUUACGUAAAUAUGAUGUUGGGUAUCACCUUCGCCAAUUUCACAGAAAUGAAUUUCUCACUUUUAACGCCGUUUAUAUUGGGUGAAUAUGGAUUCUCAAAAAAUCAAAUUGCAACCGUGAUGUCGAUUCUUGCUGGUUUUGAUGUGUUCACUAGAUUGACAAUUCCUUUUAUUGCCAAUUUUAUUGGAUGGCAGAACAGGACGUUCUUCCUAGUCGGUAUUUGCGGAAUGGCAACAGGUCGGAUCGCACUAGCACACAUUCAAGAUUUUGGAGUUACUUUAGCAAUUGCGGCUCUAAUUGGUGUUGGAAAAGGUUUGCGAACAAUUUUCAUGGCUCUUGUAAUCCCUACUCAUGUUCCUCUAUCAAGGCUUCCGGGCGCCACCGGUAUCCAACUUUUAACUAGCGGUAUUAUUGCAUUGACCUUAGGACCAGUAGUAGGUUGGAUUAAAGAUGUAACUUCAAAUUACGCAAUUAUGCUUCACUGUUUAAAUAUUUUUACGUAUUUGACUGUAAUUUCAUGGUCGUCAGAAAUCUGGUAUGUGAAACGAAAAUCAAGGAAAACGGAAGAAGAAAAACAAAUGUCAAAUAAAUUAAACAUUUAAAACAUCGACUGUCCGUGCUAUUUUAACUCGGAGUAUUAUUCCUGUUCUUUUUCGUUCAAUAUGGAAUGAAUGGAAAAAUUCUGCUUCCUUUUCUCUUGUAGAUAAAUAUUGCCUUUCACGUAUAAAAUACUCUGAUCAAAGUGUAUUAGUAUAUUUAAUUGUACAUGUAUUUCACAGAAAAGUUUCUAAAAAAGUAUCUAUUAAAAUUGCAAAGAAAAAUGUUUAUUUAUUUAUUUAUUAUGUCGUAACUUAAGUUAGUAGAAAGAAGUUUCAGUUCAACUUACAAUUAGAUCAUUCCCAUUGAAUUGCAUCGAUAAUGUGUUAAAUUUAUA